UACUUGUUGGUACUUUUGUAUGUGUCAUUGUUUUGCGGCGGCUCGCAUCGGUAUUGAGUUUAUCAGCGCAGGCGUUUCUUAACAAGAUGGCGGUUGGAAAGAAUAAGCGUGUUAGCAAGGGUAAAAAGGGUGGUAAGAAGAAGAUUGUUGAUCCCUUUUUGAAGAAGGAGUGGUACACUUUGAAGGCUCCUGUUAUGUUCCAUGUGCGUAACUUUGGGCAGACGUUGGUUUCCAAGACCCAGGGUACCAAGCUUGCUACUGAUGGUCUCCGUGGUCGUAUCUAUGAGGUUUCCCUGGCUGAUUUGAAUGCUGAUGAGGACCAAUCGUACCGCAAGAUUAAGUUAUGUUGUGAGGACAUUCAGGGUCGCAACUGUUUGACUAACUUCCAUGGUACCAGUGUGACUCGUGACAAGUUGUGUUCCUUGAUUCGCAAGAACUACUCUUUGAUUGAGGCCUUCACUGAUGUGAAGACCACUGACGGUUACACUCUUCGCAUGUUUUGCAUCGGUUACACUAAAAGGCGUCCUGGUCAGCUUAAGAGCACUUGCUACAUCCGUUCAUCUCGCACUCGCGUUGUGCGUCGUAAGAUGAUUGAGGUUAUGCAGCGCGAGGCAUCUACCACAUCUAUGCGUGAGGUUGUGAAGAAGAUUAUUCCUGAAUCGAUCGGUAAGGAGAUUGAGAAGGCUUGCAAGAGUGUGUUCCCUCUUCAGAACGUUUUGAUUCGCAAGAUUAAGGUGUUGAAGAAGCCUAAGUUCGACUUGACCAAGUUGAUGGAGGUCCACACUGACAUUUCUGAGGAAACUGGUCAUGCCACUAAGGUAGAAGAGUCCGAGGAGGCUGCGAACCUUCUUACCAAGGAGUUGGACGCUCAGGAAGCUUAGACGUUCCCUGUGAUUCUUCUAGUCGCUUUUGCCAUGAGGCGUCUAUUAAAUCGACCUGUUUUGACUUAAUGUCUCUAAUGAGUAUGUGU